GAGUAUCUGAAUUGCAACACACGCUAGUUUUUUGGUGAGAAGAAAAUAUGUCGAUUAAUCAGCUUAAUGCGCCACCAAGUUCUGCAUCUUCUGAUAGCGACGCAAGCGAGCCGAAAGAAUGUGAAAAUUUAGAUCUAAAUCACGGCGUGCACUCGAGCGACAGUGGUUACGAUGUGGACCUGCCGCCGGACUGCUGCCCGGCUUCACCGGCAACAGUUCCAUCGAAAACGACACGUUCGAAUUCGUUCGGUUCACAGUUGCGAUCUCCGAAACCCCGUCGUCAGCGGACUACUUCCGUUAAUCAGAAUACGAUCAAUUCGAACGAGGCGAUAAUUCGAUCGAACAAUCGCACAAUCUACACAGCCGGUCGGCCACCAUGGUACAACAGUGCCGGUCAGCAAGUGGAACCGUUCGUUAUAGGCAUCUGUGGUGGGAGCGCUUCAGGGAAAACCACGGUGGUGCAGAAGAUAAUCGAAAGCCUGGACGUACCGUGGGUCACGUUGCUGUCCAUGGAUUGCUUCUACAAGAUACUGAAUGACAAGCAACACGAUCAAGCCACGCGCAACGAAUACAAUUUUGACCAUCCAGAUGCCUUCGAUCUGGAGCUAAUGAUAGACGUACUACAAAGGCUCAAGGAGGGCCGGAAGGUGGAAGUUCCUGUUUAUAACUUUGUCACCCACUCUCGGGAGCAGCACACGAAAACAAUGUACGGGGCGAACGUAAUCAUCUUCGAGGGCAUCCUCACGUUCCACAGCAAAGAAAUCUUAAAGAUGUUGGACAUGAAAAUAUUCGUCGACACCGACGCAGACAUCCGUCUUGGGAGACGGCUGAAGCGCGACAUUGAACAGCGUGGCCGCGACCUGGAAGGUGUGCUCAAGCAAUACAUGACCAUGGUUAAGCCGGCUUACAGCUCUUACAUUGCGCCCACGAUGGCACAUGCCGAUAUCAUUGUACCGCGCGGUUCCAGCAAUCUGGUAGCCAUUCAGCUUAUUGUGCAGCAUGUCCAUACGCAGUUACAGUUGCGCGGGUUUAAACUGCGCGAAGCCCUAGCUCACUCGUACAUCGGACAACCGAAGCCGGACUCGCUAAAGAUGCUUCCAAUCACGCCGCAAGUGAAGGGCUUGCACACAUUCAUCCGAAACGCAAACACGGCCAGAGACGAGUUCAUAUUCUACUCGAAGCGCUUGAUCCGCUUGGUGCUGGAGUACGCCCUUAGCUUGCUGCCAUUCAGGAACGUUGAGGUCGAGACGCCCCAGAACGUGGUCUACGCAGGCAAACGCAUGGCUUGUCAGAAGAUAUGCGGUGUUUCGAUUUUGCGAGCCGGUGAAACGAUGGAGCAAGCCGUAAGCGACGUCUGCAAGCACAUUCGCAUCGGCAAGAUCUUGAUCCAGACGAAUCAACAGACCGGAGAACCGGAGCUCUAUUACCUGCGCCUGCCAAAGGACAUCAAGGACUAUCGGGUGGUGCUAAUGGAUGCUACGGUUGCGACAGGAGCAGCGGCAAUAAUGGCCAUCCGCGUGCUGUUGGAUCAUGAUGUUCCCGAGGAGAACAUUCUCCUCGUGUCGCUGCUGAUGGCAGAAAUAGGCGUACACUCGAUUGCGUACGCAUUCCCCAAAGUGCAAAUCGUCACUUCGGCACUCGAUCCGGAAAUUAACGAGAAGUUCUACGUCAUACCGGGCAUCGGAAACUUUGGCGAUCGCUACUUCGGCACGGAACCGACCGAUCCAAAUCUGCUCUACGAAUAGGGCGUGUAUGCACAAGUAGUAGACAGACAACGCGUGUCAGGAGAUAAUGGAGAUACAUAAUAAAGGCUUUUUCAGCAUUAUCUUUGUGACUGAACGAUGUAUCUCCGAUUCGAAUCGCUCCGGCGAAACUUAGCAAGUAAUCUGCUUUAAUAAUUAGCUGUUAUUCUU